AGUAGAGCCCGGGACAGACAGCCAAUCGCGCGCACCCUCGCUGCGGCUCGUCUCCCUGCUCGAGGGGGUUGUUUUCUAUCGCACGUCCAUCGCAGCUUUCUCCCGCGAAAGUGAGAUGCCGCGUUAGCAUCGAUCAUCGAUUAUAGGAUGAUCGUAGCGGUGCCGAUGGUGCUGGCAGGUGUACUCGAUGGUGGAGUGUCCGCAAAGACUCGUCUCGAAGAGAAAAAAAAGCUUUUCGACGCGCACGAGUGAGAUGUGAAACUGGAGUAGAACGUGAUCGAGCGCGAGGACUUUUUCGUCGUGUCCUCGAAGAUCGCGAGAGGGAUAGGCAUCCCUAUUGCACAGCGAGAUCCCAAAUCAUGUCGUAACGCUCGAGGAUCUCUCGUCCCGCGGCUCGACGCCGAAAGAAGGAUCGCGGUAAUCGGAAAACGGGAAAACCUCCAAUACCGAAAGACGAUCCUGAUUCGCGGCGGUGUCUUCGACGGAAGAAGAUGGAAGGAGGAGGAAUUCGUAGGUCUGUCUUAGCCUCUCGAUGAUUCUCCCGUUCGGCACCGUUCGCGGAAGGACGGAGGAAAAGAAAAAGAAGAGAAGCGAACGGAGAGGUUCGGAGGAGGAGUAGCAAGAGAGGAAGCGGAGGAGGACGACUUCCGAGCGGGCGGGGAGCUCGGAGGAUCGUCCUAGACGUAGGAGCAGGUUCGCCCUUGAGAAUGGAAGUGAGGAUUCGCGCGGAUAGGAUCAGCGUGGUAGCAGAACCGAGCGGCGGAUCUUGCGAGUACGAGGAGAGCGCUCGAAUUGUGGAGGAGAGGAAAAGACUGGAGGAAGCGGAGGAGGAGGGGGAGGAGGAGGAGGAGGUCAGCGAGGCGCGAGGAGGAGGAGGAAGAGGGUGGGAAGGGCCCCACAGAUGCGGGGCCCGGCGUGGCGGCGAGUCCGCGGCGGCGUGACGCGAUGCGGACGUCCUCCUCCUCGUUUCCGAGGAAGAGGAAGACGAGAGAGGAGCCCGAGUUGGGUAACGCGAGAGAGUCGUCGUUUCGCGAAUCGCUCGAGCCGCGAGUCGAGGAGGAACUCCUCGAGUUCGAGGACAAGGAAGCUCUUCGGCAAAUCUCCCGAGGGAAGAGGAACGUCGCGGCGGCUGGUCGUCGUAGCAGGUUGCCGACGGCGUUGCUGUUGGCGGUCGUCGGUUGGUUCCUCCUUGCCGGUCAAUGCCGAGAAAGUCUCGCGGACGCUUUGGCGGCCAAUCAAAAGUACAGUACUCGUACGGUCACGACGAGAUACGGGACCCUUCGAGGAGUCGUCGCGAGGUCGUCGCCGAACGUCGAGACCUAUUACGGCGUGCCUUACGCGACGCCGCCGCUCGGUGCCCUACGAUACAUGCCACCCGUCACUCCGACGCCCUGGCGUGGCACCAAGUUCGCCGACACCCUACCACCGGCUUGCCCUCAGAAUCCCCCGGUACCGGACGAGAGCCUACCGAGAACCAGGCGUGCCUAUCUUCGUAGGAUAGCGCCUCUCUUGGCCAAUCGGAGCGAAGACUGCCUCUAUCUCAACCUCUAUGUUCCCAAACCCCAGCACGGUAGUACUACGGAUUUGCUGCCAGCGCUUCUCCUCAUUCACGGUGAUUCCUAUUCGUGGGGUGCCGGAAAUUCGUUCGAUGGAACCUCUCUGGCCGCUCACGGACGUCUGAUCGUCGUUUCCAUCAAUUUUCGCAUCGGCGUGCUCGGAUUCCUAAAGACCGGAUCGAAAGGAAACGCUCAAGGAAAUUACGGACUGAUGGAUUUAGUGGCGGGACUUCAUUGGUUGCGCGAGAACAUCGAAGCUUUCGGCGGCGAUUCGAGAAGGCUGGCACUACUUGGUCACGGCACCGGAGCAGCACUGGCCAAUUUUUUAGCCGUCUCCCCGAUGGCCAAAGAGUUGGUCGAGAGAGUGAUACUGCUCGGUGGUUCGGCCCUUUCACCGUGGGCGAUUCAACGCGAUCCGCUUACGGUGAAACAUCUAGUCGCCGAGCAAACCGGCUGUCCCGCCGACGACGAAGCCGACGACAUCGCACCGUGCCUUCGUUUGCGGAGCCUCGACGAUCUUCUCAACGUCAAGUUCGAUCCGCCAAGAUUUACUUCCGGUUUCGCGCCUUUCGUCGACGGAGCCGUCCUGCCGCAACCGAUAAACCAGAAUUUUCAGCCCACUGCCUCUUCCGCGGGAUUGAUGCCCCUCGUGCCAGGACCCGGCGCGGAAUUUGCCAAUUUCGGCAAUCGGGAUCUCUUACUCGGUCUAACGUCCGACGAAGCUUGGGUUAAUCUUACCGACGAGGAUCUACAGAACGGGCUAAACGAGACCAGGAGGGAUCGCAUUCUUCGCACCUACGUGCGAAACACUUAUCGUUAUCACCUGCACGAGAUUUAUUCGACCCUACGUAACGAGUACACCGAUUGGGAGAGAGGAGAGCAAAACGCCUCGGCUAUUUGCGAGGGCCUUCUGUCGCUUCUCGGGGACGGCCAAGUCGCAGCGCCUCUCCUCAGAUUGGCCCUUCUUCAUUCUACUUCCGGUGGACGCGGAUACUUUCUACACUUUCAACCGGGCGAUCGACCUAGUCAAAAAGGCGAGGAACUCCCUUAUCUCAUGGGUAUACCUCUCCUUCGAGGAGAUUUCAGCUUGUACUCCUUCGCCAACUAUACUCUCGCCGACGAAAACCUAUCCAGACUACUCGUACACUACUUGGCCAACUUUGUAAGACGCGGAGAUCCGAACCGAGCGAGUUCUUUGACGUCUGGUACGGAGAGCGGCCUGACGAGUCCACCCUUUUGGGAAUCGUACGAUUCGAUAAAUCAACUUUAUUUGGAGGCAGGCCACGUGACGAAGCUGCGCUCGCACUACAGAGGUCACAAGAUGUCACUUUGGUUGAAUCUGUUGCCGCAGCUGCAUCGGCCGGGUUACGAGAUCAGCAUGCGUCACCAUCAUCUGUCGGAAAGUACGAGUUUGUACGAGGGUGCGAUACGUCCGCAGAGUACGGCCCUGCCUUUGCCAGCGCCACCGUUGCCUAUGCCCUCGCCUACCGAGCCUUCCUCGGUCACGCAUACGACGUCGACGACGGAAUGCGCGCCAAACGCGACCGCCACCACGAUAGCGAGCACUUCGAAAACGUCGCAGCAGUCGAACCUUGGCCCGGGACCGAACAAUCUCCUUCGAAAGUUAACGUCGAGUUAUUAUCAGAGCUACACGACCGCCCUCACCGUGACCAUCGCCGUUGGAAUAUUCCUCUUGCUCCUAAACAUCAUCAUCUUCGCGGGCAUAUAUCAUCAGCGCGACAGGAACGCGUCCGGUACUUCCGGUCUCUCGGCUUUCGGCGACAAGAAGAAGGAGGAACUAUUGGAGGCUGGCUGUUCCGGUAUCGAGAUAGGCGGUCCGGCUGGAAAACAAAGAUUGUCCUCGAUGAAUCUGAUAGAUUCUCCGGGAACGAGUCCUCAAGGACACAAGGCUAAGCUCGUACAAGAGUUGGAGCUUCAGCUUCAAGAGUUUCAAUGUUCUCCGCCACCGGGCGGUGGGAAGAGAGUCCUCGAGCCACCGUCCUACAGUAGAAAUCCGUGCGUCCAGAGAACGCGGACGCCCUCGCCGUGCAUCGACGCUACCAUCGCCAGGAUGCAGGACGACGACAACAUGAUAGACGGUGUCCUCGACAGCGACGACGACGACGACGACGAGGACGAGGACGAGGACGACAACGAGGAACUCCCGGAACCACCGCCACCGCCCAAGGUUCCAGCUCCCAACGUCGGUCUCGCCUGUCCUGGGAUUCUUCGUCAACCUGGAACACCCGGUAGCGCUAAGAAACGCGUGCAGAUUCAAGAGAUAUCGGUUUGACGCGCUCCGCUCGGGCGAUACCAGAAACAAUCGAAAAGUUCGAUCUACUUGACGCGGGGCUUUUUAAAGAAUAUCUUUCUUCGAUAUAGUGCGCUACGAAAGUGUUCAGUAGUUAAUUACGACGUUCCGAGAGCGAAAGAGAGUUUGCGCCAACGAUAAGUAUUUACGAGAAAAGGGAGGGGUGAUCGCGGGCCAUGCCCUCGAAGAUGCUCGUCGCGAUCGACUCGAGAGAAUUCGACGAAUUUCUUCUAGCCGAAGAGAAAGAAUUUUAUCGUCUGGCCAAAGAUAACGUUUGCCGAGAGAGAUUAAGUAGACGUCGAUCGUUCUCAAGGAUUUUAAAGAUAGCUAUUAGCACCCGGAAACUUUCUCGUCUCCCGACGAGUUUUUUCUCCCCUUUCUCUCUCUCUCUCUCUCUCUCUCUCUCUCGGGUCGCGUUAUCGCGGCAGCCAAUGCUGCGACGCGUUAGGGAUUGAUACGGUCUCAGGAAGACAGAGAGACUACGCGGACACGUCUCCUCGGUGUUCGCUCAUCCGGAUUUGUCAUAGCACUAAGUGGAAUUAUUCGAGGAAUUGGAAGCUACGAGCCUCGACUUUAGGUUUGUACGGUGAUACGAUAUAUAUAUAUAUAUACACACACAUGCGCGCGCGCGUACACGCACACACGUACACACGCGCACACACACGCAUACACGUACUUACACGCAAUCUCGCGCGCGCGCGCGCGCGAUAUAUACAUGUAUCGAAGAUAACGAGAGGAAAUCGUACGGGAUCGUUUACCUGGGCGCGAACGUGAAUUUGUACGAAUCCGAUAUCGCGAUAUCGCAAAAUCCUUUAAAUUCCUCAAUUCUCCAAUUCUCGACGUAUGUAUCGUGUCAGCGAAUUGCGAUGUAGUUUACGAGUGUGAUUGCGAGAGAAGCUACGAAGAAAACGAUAGAAAGUAAGAAGAUACGAGAAGGGUGGAAGGCAAAACAAUAAUCGUGUAAGGAAAAAAAAGUUAACGAUAUAAAAUUGUAUAAAUUGUACGCACUAUUAAAAAUACGACGUCGAUCUCGAUCUCGAUGGCGACGACGACGACGACGACGACGACGCUUGAAAAAGCAAAGAGAGUGUCCGGGUCCAUCCUAGUAUACUUUUUUCUCUUUCUUUUUUUUUCUUUUUUACUGGGGGAGCAGAGGGAGGGGUGCUUACUCCGAAUUUAUUCCACGCUCCGUUUCCGAUAUUUAAUGGAUGCUUCGCGUUUUACGAAUCCUUUGAGAAUGAUUUUAUAUAGCGAUCGAGUGCAUCGAAUAAAUAUUGUCAAAUUUUCUUCGAUCGAUACGUUUUCAUAACGCGAGUUACAACGCGUCGCUUACGAUCCGCGACGAUGCGUAAACGAACGUGGGACUGGACGAGCGAAAGGAAUGGAAAAGUCAAAAUACGACAACGAGAGAACGAAUACGCGAAAGGACGCACAAUGCACCAAGAAGUACCAAAAAUCGGACGAGAAAUCUUCUCGUCUCUCGAGCGACUGCCGUAACAAUGACAUAUAAGCCUAUAAUAAGAGUUUAGUAGAGUUUAAAAGAGAAAAACGAGAAAACGAUACAAAUGAAAGAUCGUUGUAAGCACCCCUUUCUUCGGACGUUUAUGAGAAACUUGAUAAAAAUUGGAGAAGUCGUGAAAACCCGUGCGUGGGGCCAUACGUUAAGCGACGUGAGCUAAUCGAUUAUUAACUUAGCUUAUAGUCCAAGGGACACUCGACCGUCGUAAAUAAGAGAUAGGAUGAAAGGAAAAAGAAGAAAAAAAGAAAAAAAAAGAAAAAGAAAAAAAAGAUAACAAAAGAAAAAGUUCUUUGUAAUCCGAAUGUCGAUCGCCUUGCAAGCCUAAAACGAAUGAAACGAGGUAAGGGGAAACCUAAAUUAAAACUAAAUUAAAACGUUGCAAGGAAUGACGAUCGAUCGACAGCGGCGCGCUCAUUUUUUCCUCGCGUAAAGGAUAAUAAAUAAUUUGAAUUAAAUUCGAGUCGGCGCAUUCGUUUCGAUCCGAUCGAAAAGAAACUAACGAAGAAUGGACGUGCAAAUAUUCGAUUUUGUACGCGUACAGGAUUCAAAAAUAAAAAGAAACGGGAGGUACACACACAUACACACACACACACACCGCGCGCACACACAAACACACACAUACACUCUCAUAUACAUCUAUCAAUGUUUGGAAUGUUGGGAUUUGUUUAAAUAAAUACUUGAAGCAUUUAAAACGUGA